CGCCUUCACCCUUUUCUACGCAUGCGCACUGUGUAGAUCCUGUCACCGGACACGUGCUGUUCUGUAGCAUGUAAACCUUGUUGAAAUGGGUUCCUCUAGAACCCGAAACCUGCAGGUGUUUGACACGGAGCUGAGCGCGGACACUGUAGAAUGGUGCCCUGUACAUCCAUACGAACACAUUUUGGCUUGUGGCACUUACCAGCUUCAGAAAGACGAUGAAAAGAACCCCAGCAGAAUCGGUCGACUUUACCUGUUCCACUUUGACCAGCAACAAUCAUUCACCCCUCCACUGAUUGAGAUCCAGCGCAUUGAAACUCCAGCUAUACUAGACCUGAAAUGGUGUCAUACAGAGCUGUACGAGCGUCCUCUGCUGGGAAUGGCCACGGCAUGUGGAGAAAUCCAACUGCACGGACUCAAAGACACACAGGAUGGCAGAUGUGCACUGGAGCCUAUCUUCAGCAAAGAGCUGGGCCCUAACAGAUUAGCACUGUCCCUGGACUGGUCCACAGGCAGAGGUGACGGCACCGAUCCCCGUGUGGUGACCAGCGACUCGACCGGCUCUCUUACGCUGCUGUCUCUGACUGAGGACGACCUGAGCGCUGUGUCUCAGUGGAAAGCUCACGACUUUGAGGCCUGGAUUUCGGCGUUCAGUUACUGGGAUACACAGCUGGUUUAUUCUGGUGGUGAUGACUGCAAACUUAAGGGCUGGGAUCUGAGGAUGGGUCCCUCGUCCCCUACAUUCACCAGUAAAAGGCAUUCGAUGGGAGUGUGUAGCAUACACAGCAGCCCUCACCGAGAGCACGUCUUAGCCACAGGCAGUUACGAUGAAAACGUGCUGUUAUGGGAUGGGAGGAAUAUGCGACAGCCUCUCAGUGAAACACCAGUUGGUGGAGGAGUGUGGAGACUGAAGUGGCACCCUGUUCACGAACACCUGCUGUUAGCUGCGUGCAUGCACAACGACUUUCACAUCCUUCACUGCCAGAGAGCAGAGGAUGGAAAAGAAGGCCCGUGUCCAAUCCUGGCGUCUUACAUCCUUCAUAACUCGCUAGCGUACGGAGCCGACUGGUCACGCCUCACCCUAAGUGGCCCUCCACCCUCCUCUCCUCCUACAGAAACAGCCAGCAUCCUCCUCUCCAAGCCCGAAGGCCACCUCAGGAUCCAGUACGAAUCCCCGACUGCCAGCUUUGACACCUCUCUGGAGGAUGAGUGUGGACGCUACAUCCCCGACCACACCGCUGCCGUCUCGGCUCCUCCUCCCGUCCCUGGCGGCAGAGACGACUCAGCCUCUCUUUCGUGCCUGCUGGCUUCCUGCUCCUUCUAUGACCACAUGCUGCACGUGUGGAGAUGGGACUGGAGUUCAGAGACGGACACACAGUCUGGAGAGGCUUCUCCUUCUUCUUGAGAGUUCAUGAUUGGAUGGACACAGAAUAAACAGAAACUGGAUCCUCUGAGGAACUGUACUAUAGGUUAUAAAGUUUAUAAAAGCUUUUUAGGUCGUCCCAUUCCGAUGGGGCUAUAAAUCUUCCAGUCGUUUCCUCCACACUGAAUAUUUACAUACUUUUAUAUCAGCUAUGCACAGAAAACACAUAUACAAUGUACACAGAUAUUAAUAAAUUACCAAUGUAUACAUUUAUAUCUUA